AUGAGUGUGGACCUCUCUUUGCUCGAAAAGUCGCUCCUGACAGGGAAAUGGAAUACCCAGAUACCUGAUUCCCAGGAUCCCACGGUAUCAUUAGCCAAAUCCGUGGUGGAAGGCCGGUUUCGCGAUGCUCUCACGUCCCAACCCGCCAGAACAUUUUUCACGGUCUCGCAGGACAUCGAGAAUGGUUCUUUGAGCGCAGUCAUGGACACCAACACCUCUCUAUUAACUGAAUCCGGCACUGAUCGGGAAAUCUUACGUUUGAUGAUUGCAGUCGCCUGCCUUCAUGCAUUCAUUCAGGCAAACUGGACGGGUCCGGAUCUAGAUGUUACUCCAGUUGAAAUCCUCGAUAUACCUUCCGACGCAUCAUUUUCCGUAUCGGAGGAGCGCCUAAACCGAAAAUCCAUUACCGAACUUGCGCACGGUGGAGAACCCGCAUACCAUCUUAUCGAAGUAGCGCCGUUCCUACGCUUGGCACAAAUUCUACUGGAGUUUCCUUUUGCAUACUGCAAGACUUCGAUAUGGUGGCGCCUGCGCAGUCAACUGGUUCACCAGCAGGUGCUUGAUGAACCCGUUUCCCUACCCUCGGACGCUCUUGGGUCCUUCGAAGACCUGGAGGCUUUGUAUGCAUCCGACCCGGAGCUUUUAGGGAUGCUGUACCUCGAGCGAGGUUUACUACAUCAUCUACUUUCUCAGGAUAAGUUAGCAGUGGAGUAUUUCAUUCGUGCAGGGCGGAGUACAGGACUCGAAUACGAGCUGACAGGAGCACUUGGUAAACGGACCAAGUUCCAGCAAACUGACCUCAGCCAACUUGUCCUCCUUGCGGAGAGUCAUCUUCCCGGAGACACUCCCGCCAACCCCACUGCUGAAUCCAAUAUAGCGCAGGUUCCGGAAACAUUGCCUCUUAAUGAUGACACGCUCCUUGAGCAAACACAGUUUACCUCGUCUGAUCCAUCCCAAUCAGGUUCCCGGCUCCACCACCUCGAUCCAUCCUCGCAACCGGCAUUACACCCUUUAGAUCAGUGUAUCCUUCUAGGCCUCUGCCUAAAUGUCAAAAAUACAUCCCCCUUACACGGUCUAACGACGGAACAAAUGUCCCCAUAUGUUGCCCGUGUCAUAUCUCACCCCAGAAAUUGGACCGUCCACACGAUGGCAUUACUCCUCAGAUCCCGCUUGGAGUCUACACGGACCAGGACUGUGGAACGUUCAGCCCUUCAACUUCAGGCCCUAGUGGACCAAACGCCCACUGCAGACUCCACCCUCUCCGAGAGACUCCUCUUCUUCCACUCCAUCCUACUCCCAAGCAAGUGGGACAUGGAGAGGGAACUCGCCCGGCGUUACAUCAGCCUGGGCGUCGUCAAGUCCGCUCUGGAAAUAUUCGAGAGGCUCGAGAUGUGGGAAGAAGUCGUCAGAUGCUGGGUCACGAUGGAACAUCCAGAAAAAGGGCUUACCAUCAUCCGAGACCUUCUCGAAGGUCGCAAGGUUGAGUCCGAGGCUGUCACUAGCAGAGGAAAAACCACGUCUGACGAUCGGAGAAAGGUACUCGACGCCACACGGGAAGCCAAACUGUGGUGCCUGCUAGGUGACCUCGAGCCUGAAAGGGCAGUGGCUCAUUAUGAGCGUGCCUGGGAGAUUUCUAAACAGACGUCCGGGAGGGCCGUGCGUUCUUUGGGGGGAUACUAUUUCGCACGGGGAGAAUAUGAGAAGGCUAUUGGUUACCUGAGGAAGGCUGUAGCGAUACACCCACUCUUAUCGCGCUCAUGGUUCAUCCUAGGAUGCUCUUGCAUGCGAGUGGAAGACUGGGAAGGUGCUAAGAACGCGUUUACCCGAUGUGUCGCUAUCGAUGAAGAGGAUGCGGAGAGCUGGAAUAACUUGGCGACCAUGUAUCUCCGGAUCGGUACCUCAUCUUCUCAGAGUAUCACCGAUCAGGAAAAAGAUGAAGAUGCAGAGAAUGCGUCAUUCACUUACAAAAGCGAAGCCGCAAAGUCUAUUCCAUAUGAAAAUAAGAUGCUUGCAUUUAGGGCUCUUCAGCUAGGGUUGAAGCACAGUUAUGACAAUUGGCGGAUGUGGUCGAAUUACAUGGUAGUCGCUAUGGACGUGGGACAGAUGGCAGAGGCCUGUAGAGCGCUCGGUCGUGUCGUCGAAGAGACUGUCGAUAAGGCCGGAGCCAAAUCUGUCGACGAGCAAGUCCUGGAGAGGCUAGUUGACGCAGUGACGAGAGCACCAGCAAAUUUGGAAGAUGCCGUGGAAGGCGGCGACAUUCCAAACGCGACUAUAAACCCCAACGAAGGCCACGGGUUACUUCGAAAUGUGUUGAUACUCUUCGAACGGACUAUUCUACCGCGCGUCUCGUCUUCUCGAAUCUUCAAUGCUUAUGCGAGACUGCUGACUUGGCAAUCACGCUGGGAAGACGCUCUUAAGGCGUACCUCGAUGGCUACCGGUGUGGCACGGCUGGAACUAUGGAGAAGGGCGAGACAGAUAUCGACAAGUGGCGUGAUGCCGUCACGGAGGUGGAAGAAAUUGUAGACGUUUUGAGGAACUUCGGUCCGCGGGUGGAUGGGUUCAAGUGGAGAUUGCAGGCUCGCAGCCUUGUGCGGACAUUCGUCGGCCGCAGUAAGGACUUUGAAGACGAGUCCGAGUGGAAGAGACUCAGCGAGUUGCUGGAUGAGUUGCGUAAAGAGGAAGAGUAG